UUGAGAGAGAUCAAGAAGAAGAAGAUAUAUGGAAACAGAAGCAAAUUGACAUGGAGAAGGAGGGAAGAGAGAAGGAGAACAUGAGACAGAGAGAGAUAGAAGAGAUACACAGGGGACAACAACAAGAGGAGAGACAGAAACAAAUGGAGAUGGAGAAAGAAAGGGAGAAAGACAAUGAGAAUCAGAGAGAGAUGGAAUUAAAAGAUCAGCAACAAAAAGAGAUGGAGAAAGAAAAGAUGAUUAUGAGAGAGAGGGAGGAAGCAGGAAGAAGAAAGGAGGGGCAGAAAAAUAUUUUUGGGGAAAUUGAAGGACAGAAUGAACUGGAGAUAGAACAGGAGAGAGAGAUGGAAGAAAAGCAUGAAGUGAUUAAGGAAGCAGAGGAAGAGUACAGGGAAAGAGAAGAGAGAGCAAAGGAAGUAAGCAUGAAGUGAUUAAGGAAGCAGAGGAAGAGUACAGGGAAAGAGAAGAGAGAGCAAAGGAAGUAAGCAUGAAGUGAUUAAGGAAGCAGAGAAAGAGUACAGGGAAAGAGAAGAGAGAGCAAAGGAAGGAAGCAUGAAGAAACAUGUAGUAGUUAAUGUUAAAGCAAAAGCACGGGAGGUCUUCAAUAGACGUAAAGAGAGGAGGUUAGAAGUGUUGAAGGGGGAACGAGAACACAUAGAAAGAGGACAACAAAUCAGGAGGGAGAAGGAGGAAAGACGGCUGGAGAUGGAAAGAAAACAGGAGAGGGCAAGACGACAAGAGGAGCAGGAUAAAAAACAAGAGAUUGAAAUUGCUAGACAGAAAGAAAUGUUCAGACUAAGAGAGGAGGAGAGGCAGAGAGAGGAAGAGAGAGAGGAUCAGAGAAAGAGAGCCAUUGAAGGCUAUUUAUCUUUAAUCAGCGAGAGAGAGAAGAUAACAGAGGCAAAAAAAAGAGAGGAGAUGGCGGAAGAGGAGGAGGAAAAGGAAGAUGACAAGGAGGACCUUGUCCCACCCUAUAAAAAUAGCCGAAGGGGAGCAAUGGGCUGGGUGAAUAAGAAGUGGGAGAAGAGGAACAUCAAGAAGAUAGAGAGAGCAUAUCAGAGAGAAGCUGAGGAGGGCUAUAAGAUCGUCCACAUAGAUGGCCAGCAGGAGGGGCCAACGAGGCCACAGGCAUGGGCAGAGAACCAGGAGGGGAGUUCAGAGAACCAGCAGGAGUGGCCAGAGAACCAACAGGGGGGGCCAGACAGCCAGCAGCUAGAAGCUCCAGAAGAGGCUGAGACAUCAGAGCUAAUCUCAAAGAAAAAGAAAAGGCCAGGCAUCUGGAAGAGAAUUAAGAUGGGGUAAAGAAUGUUUAAACACAUGUAUUCAUGUUUUACACUGUUAAUAUAUAUGUUGUCACUUCUAUUAUCCAAAUGUGAGGGUUUAGUGUACAUGCAACACACAUGUAAAUAUAUAGAUACUUACCUGUCUCUGAUGUCUCACAGUAUUCCUGACCUGCUGUCUGCCUAG